UGACAACAGGACGAUUUCAGCACCCUGGACAGCGACAGGUGUCUGUGAACAGCUCCAGUCAGGCCGAUUAUUUCUUCAUUAUCUUCAUGAAGACACACAGAGGAAAAGAAAUCUGAAGACAAGUCUGUAACCAUGACUAUUUAGAGGGAUGUUCAGGAAGAUCAAUAAUGUGUUCCGUCCCAACCAGCAAGGACACAGAGGUCGGGAUGGUGGCGGUGGGAACCAGGCCGAGCAGGACUACCACAACGCCUGCACCGUCCGGCUGGUCCGCAGCACCUCCAUGCUGGUGGUGGGAGAGAGGACUCAGACAGUCGAGGGCUCCACGUUAAAACGCAGCAAGAGUACAGUGAGCAUCGAGUCGACCUUGUACUACUAUCAGAGACAAGAGGACAGGAUAUGGCUGUACUCGCAGAACCAGAACUGCCUCGAGUACCUGGAAGCACUCGUGGCUCUGAGGAGGCAGUACACAAAGAGCGUGAGUGACUUGAAAAGCAGCGACGCCAAGGCCACAGUGUCUUCCAAGAAGAAGCCUGCUCCCCCGCCACCUAAAAAGCAAGGACCGAUAUCAAGAGCUAAACCCUCGGCCCCUCCGGUCCCCAGCGAAGAGGACACUCUGCGGUUCUUUGAUGCAGUUAUCGCCAGCUGUGACAGUGAACCUCAGCGCAAACCUUACAUGGAUGAUGGACACGCAGACGUAGAUUUCAUAGUGGCCUCCAGCUCGGCCGAACACGACCUCCACUCUAACUGGGUCCUGCGGGUUCCUCGGGUCGCAGACGACUCCAAACAGAAACAGGACUGUGCCAACGAAAGCGCCCAGCUGAAGAAAAAGCAGAGCGGGUCCACGAGCAGCAGACUGCGACUUCAGAGGAACCCGAUCCACCUGCCCAAAGUGGUGGAGAGCGCAUUCCAGACUCUGCGCUUCAAGCCCAAAUUAAAAAAGCAGUGAAGCUUGAUGGACAUUUGAAACCAGCAGCACUGCCACACCGCUGACACAGAGCUCAGCCUCAUUUGUUUGGUCCGACGCCACGCUCUGGAAAAAAAUCUGUCCAGACAGUCAAAGAUGACAUUAAAACAUUUCAUAUUAAGGAAACUGCAUUUAAAUCUGGACAACUGGUGAAAUAAAUUCUAGGGGUCCAAAAUGGGCCUUUUUAUCAGAAGAAAUUUUGACUUCCUAGAAACAUAUAGUCUCGUCCAUCAUACAUCCAGCCUUCACAACACCAGGACCCUGAAACUGAUUAAUUUCAUUAUCUGUGCUUUUCCAGCUAUGACAUGUAAGAUGUUUUCAAAGGAGGCUCAUUCAGGAUCAGUUGUCUUUCUGAAGAGACGUACAUUAAACUCAGUUGAUGCCACUUUAGAGGGGAAUAUAGCUUAGAUGGUUUUUGCUACAUAGUCUGAAAUAAAAAUUAAUUCCUUCCGACA